AUGCCGAAAAACCGUCCUGCCACCUCGGGCUACGCUCGUCUCGCCCAGGCCGAAGAAGAACGCGGCUAUCUACAUGAUGAUUCCGAUGAUGAUGAGAUCGCCGCAGUUUCAACGGCGUCCACCUCCGCGCCUCGAUACGCUCCCAUCUCCUCCCGAGCCCAGAUGCAGGCGUCCGGUCUCCACACACCCCCAGGCCAUCAACGCAGACACAGUGGCUUCCAAUAUCCUCGCGGUCGUCGAAACUCCGGCGUGGACAUCAAAGCGAUCAAUGCGCGUCUCGAAAAAUGGGCAGAGGAGAUUGCCUCCAAAUUCAAGAUCAACCGCGUCAAGGGCAAGAGCUACGAGGAGGAAAAGCUAGAAAUCUACCACUCAGUCUUCCAAGCACCUCCCGGAGUCGAACCUAUCACCGCCGAAGCUCUCGAAUCCGAUGAAUUUGAAGGCCAGCAAAGGCAGGCCCGCGCCGAAUACGAGGAAAUCAUCGAAAGCGUUCGUGUCGCCAUUGAAAUGGGAGUACACCCCCGAAUGAUCUCACAGGGUAGCUCCGGCAGCUACUUUGCUCGAAACACAGAAGGAAAGGUGGUUGGUGUCUUCAAGCCGAAGGAUGAGGAACCCUACGCUUCUCGAAACCCCAAAUGGACUAAGUGGAUUCAUCGCAACUUGUUCCCCUGCUUCUUCGGCCGCGCCUGUCUCAUUCCCAACCUCUCAUACGUCUCCGAAGCCGCCGCUUACGUUCUAGACGCUCGUUUACGAACGAAUCUCGUGCCUUACACAGGUAUUGUGCGAUUGUCCUCGAAAUCGUUCUUCUAUGAUUUCUGGGAUCGCAGAAAGGCGUGGAAGGGAAAGAAGUCCCUACCCCAUAAAGCAGGCAGUUUCCAGGUUUUCUUGAAGGGUUUCAAGGAUGCCAACAUUUUCCUGCGCGAACACCCUUGGCCUGACCAGACUAACACCGGAUUCCGCGCCGAGGAUGCACCAAAGCGCAAGAAACGACCAUGGAACGAAGCUUGCCGGCCUUCGGGAGCGCAGUCGGAUGAUGAAGACGACGAAGAUCCCGGCUACGUACCCUCACCACCAGGCUCGCGCGACGAAAGCUCCGAACGUCGGUUCUACUGGACUGAGAAUCUCAAGCAAUCUUUCCGCGAGGAACUGGAGAAGCUUGUCAUCUUGGACUACAUCAUGCGGAAUACCGACCGAGGCCUGGACAACUGGAUGGUCAAGAUCGACUGGGGCACCGAACAAGUCUCGAUUGUAGCGGAGCCUCCCAAGGCUAACGAGCCGCAACCAAAACACGACGAGGAUGAGCUUAUGCCUCCGGCCCGCCCGGUUUCCGUCAACUCGAACGGCACACCCAAACCCUCCACUCAUCCAUACAGGCGCCAUGAGACUAUGAUGGCCAUCAGUCGUACGGGCACUCCACUGGCCUCAUCGGAACAGUCAGCUUCUGUCCAACUUGGUGCCAUUGACAACAGUUUAUCCUGGCCAUGGAAGCACCCAGAUGCCUGGCGCAGCUUCCCCUUCGGCUGGCUUUUCCUACCCGUCUCCUUGAUCGGCCAGCCUUUCUCGCAGAAAACCCGUGACCACUUCCUCCCGCUUCUCACUUCCACCGCUUGGUGGAGCGGAACCCAGAUGGCUUUGCGUAGUGUCUUCGCGCAAGAUGACGAUUUCAAGGAAAGCAUGUUCGCGCGACAGAUCGCGGUCAUGAAAGGUCAAGCUUGGAACGUUGUGGAAACCCUGAAACAGCCAGAUCAUGGCCCGCUCGAACUUACCCGCCGAACGCGAGUUUGUGUAUGGGACGACCUGGUUGAUGUGCCCGUCGCCAUCCCCAUGCGCGCCCCCUCCACCGACCGAACAAGAAACCGAUAUAUGAAUUACGACCCUGAUGAAGAAGAGAUGGACAUUGGCGCAUCCGCCUCUUCCCAACCACUCCCCGAGCACGAUCUUUUAGGAUUAAACUCAUCUCCAAGCGAUCUUCCCAACCCAAACCGGUUCGAACUCACCCGUGGUCGAGCGGAGGUUGAUAGCGUUGCUGAUGGUUCAAUUGGUAGCCCGGCAACUCUCAACGAUGCUGAACUCGGCCGUCGAAACCCGGAUGCUGCCGGGGGCUCUCUCGAUGGAUGGCCCUCACUUCCUCCACGCCAGCAAAAGCACCGCAAGAACGGCGGCUCUCUGUCCUACCGUACUCCUCGAGUCAAUACAUUCGGCAGCGAUGACCUCGAGGGCGAUCUCGGCUAUGCCGUUGCCGAGGGCAUGGAAGGUAACCAGCGCAAGGUCAUUGUCGAGCGCCUGGAGGCCGUCAAAAGCAAGAACCCCGUCUUCACCUGGUGCUGA